AUGUGGCAAAGCUUUACAAUCCUCGUUGGAGCAUUGGGAGGUAUUACAAGAGCACAGACGCCCACAAGGGAUGGUCUCGUGCUAUGCCCUCUUAAAGGACAACAAUUUCCCGUGCCCAGCGGAUUAGCACAGGAGACCGUGUGGCAAGAAACAGCAAAAUCCCUCAGAGAUACUCUGGAGGCGAAUAUMACCCAAACUCCAUACAACGCGACCACAUUUUCUGUUGGGAUUUUCAGCACGACCGACGCAGGUCUUCUGUUUGAAUACCACCACGGUGACCAGACCGUCGUCACCAGCAAGCUUGGAGCCAACAAAGUCGACGCGGAUUCAAUUUAUCGAAUUGCCAGUCUCUCCAAGAUCUUGACCAUAUACCUAUGGCUCAUACGAGAUGGCGACAGGCGUCUCAGCGACCCUAUCAUCGAACAUAUUCCGCAACUUGCUACCUUUGAUGUUUCGCAAGUGGACUACCCUCUGCCUGACUGGAGUGAAAUUACUGUUGGCGAUUUGAUGAGCUUCCUAGCAGGUGCUGGAAGAGACUAUGGGCUGAACGAUCUGGCCAUUUCAGGUUCUGUAACCGGCGGACUCCCGGAGCUGGCGGCUCAGAAUCUCAUGAAUGAUACAACAUCGCGGCAGCGACCCACAUGUGGGUUUGUGGAAGCUGGGCUAUACUUGGAGUGUAAUCAAGAUGAGUACAUCAGAGCCCUUUCGCAGCUUGGUGCGAGCUUUCCAUCCUCGACGACUCCGCUGUACUCCAAUGCCAACUGGGCAAUCCUGGGUCUUGCGCUGUCCAAUCUACUUGAGUCACCCAUGGAGCAUAUAUUUAACACCUCCCUAGUGAAUCCACUCAAUCUCACAGGAACGACCUACUCGACCCCAAAACAUGUAACUCGCCAUUCUGUGGUCCCGGACGGCAACACUUCAUACUGUAGAUGGGACGACGAACUGGGACCAAUAGCUCCCGCAGCCGGUGCCUACUCAACCACCAAUGAUCUCGCAGCCAUCGGAAAAGCGAUUCUGAACAGCACUCUGGUCUCAAAAUCUAUUACCCGUCGCUGGUUCGCYGCUACGAGUUUCGUCGACAAGAUCGACCAAGCCGUAGGUCGAGGCUGGGAGAUUUUCCGCCUGAAGAGCGGUGGUCAUACCGUUGACUUGUAUACCAAAGGUGGCAACUGGGGAAGCUACAGUUCCGUUUUUGCAGUAAUCCCGGAUUACAACGUUGGCUUCUCCCUGCUCUCGGUAUCCACGAAAGCCUAUGGCAAGUUCACCGAUGACUUCCCAAAUGUUCUUGCUCCUAUACUUCUGGACGCGGUCGAGAAGAUUGGUCGGGAACAGGCAAAUCACAAUUUUGUCGGACAGUACCAUUCUCAGUCAUCGAAUACUUCUGUGAGAGUUGAGAUGGAUGAUUUGCCGGGGUUGAAACUUACAGAGUACAUCUACAAGGGCACGGAUAUGGGUGUUGUGUUUGGUGAUUUGAACAAGGAGGUGGACUUUCGUCUGAUUCCCAAUCAUUUAGCCAAGGGUAAGGGACAAUUUGGGUUCACGGGAGUAUAUGCACGACCUCAGCCGCCGCUUGCCAAUGGGUCCUUUUAUUUCCCUUGUCAAAGCUGGCUGGAUAUCGACGACUUCACAUACGAUAGUGUACCGCUGGGCAACUUCAUGUUUGAGGUCGAUGAGAAUGGAAGAGCAGGCUCGGUGCAGUUGAAGGCGUUCAAGGAGAAGUUGGAGAGGAAGUUGGGCAUACGGGAUAAGAACAUGGCAUGA